ACCAUUGGUUUCCGAAGAUAAGGUUGUCGAUGAUGCAUCAAAGACUAGCCAAAAAGUGUGCUGUUCUUUAGGUGGACGAUGGAAACUCUCCUGCAUCAAGUAGGAUUACCCUCACCUCCCCUUGCUGAAAGAGCUUUCCCAUGGAUCAGAAGCAGCUCAAACCUCGUACACCACACUAAUCUUCUCCAUGCACUGAGAUCUUCAAAAAGAAGAGCAGCACGGCUGCAAGCCCAAGGGAGAGGCUUUGGUGUGUCUGUCUCAGAUAGGAAGGCCAGGCCAGAAGAAGAUGACGGCGUGUACCGCAGCGAAGAAGGGGACGACGAGAUUCCACAAGUCGUGUUCGAUAGGAUGAUACGACGCAUACUGUUCUCUGUGGGGGCUCCAAUGGCGUCCGGCAUCGGAGUGCUGUAUCUCGAAAGCUUUCUUAAGAAAAGCCAGCUAUGGGAAGUACCGGGAUGGCUGCCAUUGCUGACCAUCCUGCUCUCCUUCGGGACGUCCGCCUUGGGGAUUGCUUAUGGGACGCUAUCCACUAGCUGGGAUCCAAACAAGGAAGGAAGCCUCCUUGGGUGGGAGCAAGCUCGGAAGAAUUGGCCUGAGCUGUGGAAGGACGAAGAAGACGAAAGCAAAUGAUCUGAUGCCUCGAGCUACAAUAGAAUUUUCUCGACUGUAAUCCAUGUUUACUGUUGCUACUCUGUUCAUGCAACACUCUAAAUGACCUUCUUCUAUGGUUGUUAUGUCGGCCAAAAUAUAAGCAUGACGAUGAAUGGAUAGCGAAGGCCUUGCGAACUUAUCUAUGACUCUGUAGAAUUACUUAUAUGAUCAAUGCAAAUCAAAUCUUUGGAUUA